AUGAAAGUUUCGGAAUCUGCCCCAGUAAGGCGUGAGUUGCGCAGGGAAAUUGCGGCACUGGGGGAGGGGAGGGGAGGGGAGUUAGUGAAGCGAAGCGAUAAAAAAACAGGCGUAGAGAUCUGUACUGAAAUGCUUGCUAGCAUUUUUUUGCGGCGCAGCUAUUGGCUUGACAUUCGGCCGGCGACUGUGGUGCUCCUGUUUUUGCUUCACUCCUUUCUAGUGUAUGAAUGCGCUAUGCGGGGGCAUGAAGAAAAUGGAGCGGAAAUGCUUGCAUCUGCGAGUCAAUUGACGGAACUCAUGAACAAUGCAGUUCCUGUGGGACCCAUGUACUCCAUUCGGGUUCACUUUCUUCACCAUUGCCUGAAAGACGGAUGCACAAGGGAUAAUGAAUUCUUGGCACGUGAUGUGGCCCCAGCAGACGUGCUAAUCUUAGUUUUUCCGCCUAAUAUGACCUUGAACCGAGCCGAGGUAGUCCAGCACUUCGUUUUGUUGCGUCGUUGGUUGUGGAUUACACCGUUGAAUUUCUCCUCUUUCGAAGUGGACGGUAGUAGUUCUUACGCACUCCCGGAGCGGCGUUUAUCGUUUGCUGAAUCUGGGAAUGUCCCCGUUCCGGUCAUUCUUCGUUUCCGUAACAUGUCGGCCUUUCUGCAGGCUGAGUCAUCCCCACUAAAGGUGUAUCCUGCGUCAAACGGGGCUUCCAUCGCUGCAUGCUUUCUUAUUGAGACAGAUCCCUCACACAUUCGCACCUCUUCUGGUGGAACUCUGCAAGAUGAACUUGCGGCAAACCCCAACGCCUCACGCAUUCUUGCAAUGGCAGUAAACUGGGGCUUUGCACACAACGCCAACUGGACUCUUUUUAUCUCUCCGUGCGGGAGUAACCAAGUCUAUAAGUGGGACAGGCGCCACUCUUAUUCUUUGGAAAAUACUAUCGUGUGGUGGGUGUGUGCUGCGUCGGAUACGUUCAUCGAGGUAAAUGCUGCAGCAAGCUUGAUUACUGCCGUUACAUAA